AUGCCAAUGAAAGGAGUGUGGCUGGUGCCGGAUGUAUUUCGUGGUUAUGGUGAAUUUAUCUUACGAAUGCAUUGGCUUUUUAUGUCGAGCCCCUCCUCUUUUAUUACUCGGAUGAACGUUGAAUGUCUUACUUCUUUCAAUCAAUUUGCUCAUCAUCAUCAUCACCAACAGCAGCAGCAUUUAUUGGAGCCUCAUUCACUCUUGUGGCAUCAUCCUCCUUAUCCAUGUAUUGACUCUUGGACGACAACAUCCAUUGACAAUAACAGUAGUAGAAAGAGAAAGACUCAUCCACUUGAUCAACAAACAUCAGCUCUAUCCAUGGAUCAACCACCACAACCACCAGUGAAGAAAUCAAAACCUUCAUCAUCAUCUUCUCGUACACAAUCAUCAUCACAACAACAUCAACGUCACCAACAGCACGAGCCACCUCCACCUCCACCACCGCAGCCAACAUUUCAGCUGUCAUAUGAAGAUAUUAGCGUACGCAGUCUCGAAGAAGAUUUACAUCAUUUACAGGAUGAAUACGCGACCAUUGAAAUCAUCCUCAACUCUUUGAGAAAUGCUUAUCCCAUUCGGCCACUUGAUACCGCUUCAGAGGAGCUCUUGGAUGAGAUGGAUCGAGAAUUGAGCGUUGCGUAUGACGAUGUGAAGGCACAAGUACGGCAAUUGGCACGUAGCAUUCAUCGUCUAGAAGAGGAGAUUGUCUUAUUCCUUCCAAGAACACCAAUACCAACCGAUUCAUCCAUGUCGGCAGGUGCUGCUACUACAACGAUAACUUCUCAAGCCGAUGAUGACAGCAGAGAUGACGAGCCACCACUUCCAACAUCGAUGGGAUGA